AUGGCGGUGCUCCUCGCCCGCUUUGAUGGCAAACCAAUUUUCACAUGGAAUGGAGUGACCCUCAACACCGUAGUCUCGAUCUUGUCGGUAACUAUGAAGGCUGCUGUCGCAUUCGUCCUAUCGGAGUGCCUAGCCCAGUGGAAAUGGAUUCUCUUCACCCGCGAAGAUCGACCACUCAUCGAUUUUGAUCGCAUCGACGCUGCCACUCGUGGGCCCCUCGGAAGCUUGCGGAUUCUAUCCCGAACGAGAGGCGCCUACGCCGUCCAACUUGGUGCUAUCCUGACGCUCCUUGCCGUCGGUCUUGAUCCCCUCGCCCAGCAGAUUAUCCAAGUUCGAGAAGACGUCGUCUAUACGGGCAGCACUCAGACAGACAAGGGCCCACUGGCACUUAACUCCGGCACGAACGUCUACUCGGAUGACAAGUACCCCACCACGUCCUACGGAACUGGAAUACCGAGCAAGACCAACUCCAUGAAGGAUAUCGAUACGCUCUUGUGGUCAAUGAACACUAUUCACCCAGACAUGGAGGCACUCAACAAGUCCACCGGGUUCACUCCCGGCGAGUCGGAGAGGGGCUCCACGGCCGGACUCAAGCUUUGGCCGGACAUACCGAUGCAGGCCACAGAACGAGAUCCAGACUCGUGGAUACGCUCUCCAGAAUACGAGGAUGGCCAACCAGGAAACGUCAUUUCGAAAGAAGCAAACGGCACGCUCGAGUUCGACAGAUAUUGGUCUGCUGUUCCUAACAUAGAGCUGAGGCUUGAAUUCCCCAACAACAAAAGCGAGAGCUACUACAGAAUUUCCGAAGACUCCGUCAAGUCGAUGAGCGCGCACAUGCAGGAGCUGUUUCGCACCAAUGUGUCAGGCACUCUGGAUCAGAGGGAGGAGAUUGAGAAGCUUUUGGGAUCCGAUGCGGUCGGCUUCAAUGGUGUAUCAUUCGGUCCUUAUGAGAAGUUAUCAAUGAAGGCUACGCCGCCUGCAUUAGACAAUCUCUGGACUUGGACAAGGCACAACAUCACUAGCACAUUCUACACCCUUGCGACAAGUAUGACCAAUGAGAUGCGGAGGAACUACGCACCAGGACAGAGUCAGAACCGCGGAAUAGAUACGGACCGCUUUCAAGAUGGUUCGUUGGGUAACUAUGGCAAGGUGGGCAAGCCCACGGUGCUCUACCACAUCGAGUGGCCAUGGAUUGCCCUCCACGGCGUGAUGCUGGUCUCGGCGACUGCAUUCUCACUUGCGACGCUGGGCAACUCUAACAGUCGAGGCAGCGUGCCAUUAUGGAAGAGCAGCUCCUUGGCUGCCAUCAGGCAUGGUCGUGAUGUUGGCGGUGUUCUCAGUCGUAGCACCACCAUGGGUGAGUUCCAAGACACUGCAAGGAAGCCCGUCUGA